UGCGGGGGCUGCAGCCGUCUUGGUGCACUUGAUGCUGCUGGUGGCGGCCUUAGCUGCGAUGUCCAAGUCUUCAGCGUCGAAAAUGUCAUCCCAGGCGGAAAUACUGAGCGAUGGCCGGUUCAGCUGCAUCGCCAGGGAUCCCAGGUUUUGGGAGAUGCCUGAAAAGGAACGUAAAGUCAAGAUUGACAAGCGAUUCCGAGCCAUGUUCCAUGACAAGAAGUUCAAGCUGAGAUACACAGUGGAUAAAAGAGGCCGCCCUGUUAACUACACCUCUACGGAGAACCUCAGGAAGUUUUAUGCCUUGUCGGAAUCUGACUCUGAUCUUUCAGAAGGUGAUAGUAAAGAACUCACGGUAAAGAAAAAAAAGAAGAAGAAAGCUAAAGGUAAAGGAGAAGCAGAUUCUGCAAAGGCUGUUGCUGGUGGCCUCCCAAAGGAGGAGAGCAAAAAAAACCAACAAGGGGUGGACCAAACAUGUGAAACACCGACUAAACUAAAUGACCUUAAAAAAGGAGGACAAAAAAGUAAAUCUAAGUUGAGCUUGAAAGAGGACUCACAGAAACCUGCAGUGGAAGUUGAUCACUCUCGGGGAAACAAGGGCCUUUUACCCAAAGGGGAGAACAAGCGGGGAGCUGUGUCAGGGGGAAAAUCCAUUUCUGUUCAAAACAAGGAAAAGUCUUCACAAGUGACUGCUACGAAGUCAGUCAAAGCUUCCAGGAGGGACCACUCCCUAGGAGGGAAAACAAAAGAAUCAGCCAUUUGUGACCAAAGUGUAAAAUGUAAAAGCCAGUUAGAGGAAGAAACCUCUGCAGGUGAGAAUGCGGAAUCGGAAGAAGAGGAAUCAGAAGAUGAUGGAGAAACAGGCGAGGAAGAGGAGCCAGAUGAUGAGGAAAUGAGUGAAGAUGACAGUGAUUCAGAAGAUGAUGAAGAAAGCGAUAGUGGGCCUGAUCUAGCCAGAGGCAUAGGGAACAUUGAAACGAGUUCAGAGGAUGAAGAGGAUUUAAAUGAGCUGUUUCCAAAGGAGCCAGAGAUCGAGCACUUGUGGCGUGAGCUGGAUAAAGAUGCCCCUCGUGGAGAUGAGAUUACAAGUAGAUUGGCAGUUUGUAAUAUGGAUUGGGAUAGGUUGAAGGCUAAGGAUUUGCUGGCUCUAUUUAAUUCUUUCACACCCAAAGGAGGAACAGUGUUUUCUGUUAAGAUUUAUCCUUCAGAGUUUGGAAAGGAAAGGUUGAAAGAGGAAGAACAAAAAGGACCUGUGGAACUGUUUGAUCUUCCAGAGAACACCACAGAGGAUGAUGGGAUUUAUAGGGAAAAACUGCGGGAAUACCAGUUUAAGCGACUAAAAUACUUCUAUGCAGUUGUGGAAUGUGAUUCUCCUGGUACAGCAAAUAAAAUUUAUGAGGAAUGUGAUGGACUGGAAUUUGAAAGCAGCUGUUCUUUCAUAGACCUGAGAUUUAUUCCAGAUAAUGUUACAUUUGAUGAUAAGCCAAAAGAUGUAGCCUCAGAAGUGAACAUAGCUGCUUAUAAGCCAAAGUACUUCACAUCUGCUGCUAUGGGAACAUCAAAGGUAGAUAUCACAUGGGAUGAGACAGAUCAUGAACGAGUAACAUCGCUCAACAGAACUUUCAACAAAGAGGAGCUUCUUGACAUGGAUUUUCAGGCUUAUUUGGCUUCAUCAAGUGAAGAAGAGGAGGAACAGCAGCAAGAUGGUGAUGUAGCUAAUGAAAUGGAAGAUGACAAACCGAGGAAAAGCCAAAAAGAUGAUGAAGAGCAAAUUGCCAAGUACAGAGAACUUUUGCAAAGUAUCCAAGAAAAAGAGAAAAAACAGGAAGAAAAGGAUAUAGGAAUGGAGAUUAAAUGGGUUCCAGGCCUCAAAGAAACUGCUGAAGAAAUGGUCAAAAACAGGUUGGAAGGAAAGGAUAACCUGACUCCAUGGCAAAAAUAUCUAGAGAAGAAGAAAGAAAAAAGAAUGCUUAAGAAAAAGAGAAAGGCUGAUGCUGAGAAAGAAGAGAGUGAAGAUGAACUUCCACCUGAUGUUGAUCUCAAUGACCCCUAUUUUGCUGAAGAAUUUGAGAAAACAGGUUUAAAGAAGAAGCCAGAAUCAGUAGAAAGUACCUCAGAAGAUGAAGAUGAAGUUGAGAAACAGAAGGCUGAAAUGGCCCUACUGAUGAUGGAUGAUGAGGAUGACACCAGAAAACAUUUUAAUUACAAAAAGAUUGUAGAACAACAGAAUUUGAGCAAGAAGAAGAAGAAACUUCUUAUGAAAAAGAAAGAAUUACUUGAAGAUGACUUCCAGGUAAAUGUUGCUGAUACAAGAUUCCAAGCCAUGUUUACUUCUCCCCUGUUUAAUUUGGAUCCUUCAGAUCCAAAUUUCAAGAAGACAAAAGCAGUAGAAAAGAUCCUGGAAGAGAAAGCUCGCCGAAGAGAAGAAAAGGAGCAAGAUCUUAAGGAGGCAAACAAGGGCCUGGAGAACAAGAUGGCAAAGAAAGGAGAGGUUGCCAAGAAAGCCAUGGAUCCUGCCCUAUCAGUGCUAAUAAAGUCUGUCAAAAAUAAAACCAAAGAGUUUCAGGCACGGAAAAAGCAGAAAUUCAACUAACUGAACUUUGUUUUUACUCAGACUUUACUUUAGUCCCAGCCCUUCUAACUGAAGACAUCUGUUAAAGUUACUGCAGCCUGCUCUAAGUCAUGUCCACCUAAAAAGUCCUGAAAAGUCAUUUAACUACGUUGGUGAAUUUUGAAGUAUUCAGAGUCAUCAU